UAUACUCUUUGUUCGAUAGUGACAACGAGAAAAACUAUUUACCUUUUAUAAUUAUCUAUUCUGUGUAAUCUGUGGUAAUUACUUACUAUGUUUAUUAUUUUAUUCUAAUGUAUUUCCGAUAAUUUCCAUAUAUAUUACAAUUUCCAAAAUCAUUACAUAUUUUCUCUUGAGAUAUUGAUUAAUAAAUUAAUUAAUAUUACCUAUAUAGAUAAGCUAUCGUCUUUUAAUAUGUCUUCAGAAUGUAUUGGAAUUUUAAAUGAUAUAUCUCCUAUAUUUCGUCCGUACAUACAAAAUGUUUACGAAGAAUUGAAGCUUGGCCUUUGUAAGACCAAAGUUGACUUGGAAAAAGUAGCUGGUUCAGAUUUAACAGAUAGCCAGUUACGAUUAGUGCUGCCUUAUUGCUCUAAAAAAAUAAAAUGGGAAAUUAUAUUUGAUCCAACAACACCUUGGUUUGCACCAGACUUCAGAUUUGAUGAUGAAAGUUUUCUGAGCAAUGUUAAUGAGGAAUUUUUAGAAGAAAAAUUACCAAGUUUGUGUAGUUGGAAUGAAAAUGAUCCUAAAGCACUCAGUUGUGUUCUAUCAGAGUUAGUUUCUUUAUAUAAAAACCAUCAGAUAAAAAAACUUAAUGAAGAUGAAAGUUCUCGUGCUUAUUUUGAAUACACUGCAUUACUUGGUGAUGCUUUAACAACUGAAAAUGAUAUUGAAGUUUGGGUUGGGAACCAUGUGGUUGAAUUUCUUAUUAAACUAAAUGUGGAUACAUCAAGGCUUCCUGAAUUAUACAAUGAUGGUAUAGAAGAAAAUCCUGGUAUUGACACAGCACUACUUCUUGUGAGGUAUCCAAAUUCAACAAAUGCAGAAUUAAUAUUAUCACCUCUACUUACGAAAUCACUGGGAAACAUAACUUUACCAUUAAUGCAUCAAUCAGGAGUUUUAAUGGACUAUGUGCCUAUGGUGACGGAACUUUUAAAUAAAAAGAUCCAAGAUGUCCUGAAUAAUGAAAGAUUAAAACGAGAACUAUUGGCUCAGCUUAUUGUAAAAUAUGAAGGUGCUAUUUUGGAGCAUGAUGCAAACAACGCAUCAUUUCUCUUUGAAAUGAAUGAUUUUCACUGGAUAUUACAAAUUGACAUUGGUGUUAAAUUUCCAGAGAAGCCUCCUGUUUUGAUGUUGAGAUCUGUUUAUCAUUCCACCAAAGGGAAGCCUAAAUUCAAAAUUCUUCCAUCUUGUCCCUACAGUAAUUUUGAGGGGUACAUAGAACAGCAAGUUGAAAUUUUCAAAAUUGAGUGCAAAGGACAAACAUCAAAUAACCAACUCGUAAAUUUAGAAUAAACCCAUAACUUAUAAUUUAAAAGUGACAUAGUUUUUUGUAAAAAUAGUUGUAUUAACAAGAUGAAAUCAAACUCAAAAAAAUUUUAUUUCAACAAUAAAAUUAUUUGUACAUAA